GGGGGCUCCUACAGUUAGUGGGUGCAGGCCAUGGGGCAGCCCUGGGCGGUGGGGACGGCGGAGGCGGCUCCCGCGCGGCUGCCCCUCGUGCUCACCGCGCUUUGGGCCGCGGCGGUGGGCCUGGAGCUGGCUUACGUGUUAGUGCUAGGCCCCGGGCCACCUCCGCUGGGACCCUUGGCCCGGACCCUGCAGAUUGCGCUGGCAGCCUUCCAGCUGCUCAACCUACUGGGCAACGUGGGGCUGUUCCUGCGCUCGGACCCCAGCAUCCGGGGUGUGAUGCUGGCCGGCCGUGGUCUGGGCCAGGGCUGGGCUUACUGCUACCAGUGCCAAAGCCAGGUGCCGCCGCGCAGUGGGCACUGCUCUGCCUGCCGUAUCUGCAUCCUCCGCCGGGACCACCACUGCCGCCUGCUGGGCCGCUGUGUGGGCUUCCACAACUACCGGCCCUUCCUGUGUCUCCUGCUCCACGGUGCAGGCGUCCUGCUGCACGCCUCUGUGCUGCUGGGCCCGGCCCUGUCGGCCCUGCUGCGAGCCCACACACCCCUCCAUACCGCCGCCCUGCUCCUGCUGCCCUGGCUCAUGUUGCUCACAGGCAGAGUGUCUCUGGCACAGUUCACCCUGGCCUUUGUGACCGACACGUGCGUGGCGGGUGCGCUGUUGUGCGGGGCCGGACUGCUCUUCCAUGGGAUGCUGCUGCUCAGGGGCCAGACCACAUGGGAGUGGGCUCGGGGCCAGCACGCGUACGACCUAGGCCCCUGCCACAACCUGCAGGCAGCUCUGGGGCCCCACUGGGUCCUCGUCUGGCUCUGGCCCUUCCUGGCCUCCCCGUUGCCGGGGGACGGCAUCACCUUCCAGACCGCAGCCGACGUGGGACUCAUGGCUUCCUGACUCCAGAAAGCACCUGAGCUUGUACAAGCUGCACAAGGCGAGCAGGAGAGGGGACUCAUAACUCGUUUCAGGCCCACCCCCACCCCCAGCCUCAGAGGGAGGCAGGUUGGUACUUGAUGCCUGCUUUCAGCAACUCCCAUUGCCACCCUUGAGGUUGCCCUUGCCCAGCUUGGACUCCUAGGGUCCAGGGCUUGGGCCCCGGGAUUCAGCCUCUGCCAGUGGCCCCUGAGGACCAUGAAAGGUCUGGGAAGGGGCUGCUUGGCCUGCCUGGCUGCCCCGCUGCCAGGUCAAUAAAGUGCCCACUUGGUUCUGGGACUCCCUCCAGCUUUGUGGGUUUUUGGUCCUCCUCGGUGGCCCAGGCUGCUGUUUUUCUUUCCUUUGACUGUCAGGCCUGGGAACCACAGAAUGCCUGAGGGUGUGAGGAUCCAGAGCUCUGCUUCCUGUGGCCUUGGGGCAGGGGGGCUGGGGAGUUGGGGUGCAGCAGGCUAAGGCAGAAUGUGGUGAUCCAGGGUAUGAGAACCCACAAUUCUUCCCCAGGUUGAGUGCUUUAUAGUGAGGAGCUUUUCAACAGCCACAACCUCACUGAACUUGUCUCCAGCUAACCUGGUACCCUGGGCAGCAAUUAUGCCAGUGAAGAACUUAAUGCUGUGAGAGUUGAUGUGAUAAGAUUUCACAGGGUAGUAAAUGGAGGAGUCCGGAUAUGAAGCCAGAUCUUUGCACUUUGUACUUCACCCUUUUUUGCCUGACCAAAAAAAUCAAAGGCAGAGAAAUCAGGGUGGUGGGGGGAGGGAUAUUUAAGCAUCUGUGCAAGAUGGUGCCGAGAUGGCUAAGCUUCUCCUCUCUGGUCUCUUCAGGAGCUCCUUGUUAAACACUUAUUUAAAUAUAAUAAGUAGACACUUCCAGUUACAUGUGGCAAGUUUAGCUUUGUGAGUUUACUUGUUUCCUCUUAAAAUCUAAAAUGAUAAUCAAGAAAUGAAAAAUGAUGUAAAUUUACAAAGAGAAAAUAGGGAGACAGCAGUAGACCAAAAAACCUGACAUUUUGAGAGAUGAAAAGCGGAUAGAGGCUCAUUUACUUUCCUAGAGAACCAGACGCUGCAAUUAAGUGUUCCCCGAGGGAGGGGCUGAGAGGCCACCAAAUCCCCCACCCCCCACCCUGAGCCCUGGAGAGGAUCUGGGGUUCCACCAGCACCAUGGAAGGCGAGGUCGGGCUGACAAGAGGGACUGUGAGGAGCAGCUAGGAUGUCCCUCCCCCAGGACCCACCUGACCCCUUGCAGCCAAGCAGCUGCCCCACGGGGGUGGAGGUGUGGGCUUCUGAAGCAGCUUUGUGUCUUGGGGGAACUGGGGAGGGUGGGGGUGAGGGGCUGGACCAAAACUGGGGUUAAGUGAAAAUCUACAAAUGCUGCUGGGGCAGGGGGUGGCCCUCCACUGACACAGCAGGCUGCCUUCCAAGAACCCUCAGAGAAGCCCAAGGCUCUGCCCACGUCCCCGAAGGUUUGAGCUGCUAGGACUUCUUUGCUUUUCUGAACAGCGUGCAGUAUUACUAUUUAACUCUGGUAGGAACUUGGUGUAGCUGUCUCUUUGUACAUAAGCACUGGCAGACUUCCCGUUUCCUUCUCUGCUUUCCCCCCAUCCUCUAGAAUCUUUUCUUGUUUUGUUUGGUUUUGAAUUAAACAGUGAAGAGGUGCAAGGAAAUAUUUCAGGACAAAGAACACCCUCCCUACCCCCAUUUCAGAAAUGGAUACCUCGACUUCCCUGGCAGCCCCGUGGUUAAGACUCCGCGCUCCCAAUGGAUACCGUGUGGUCCCUGCUGUGCCUCUCCCUGGUAGAGGACGCACUGUGCUGUCUCAAUCAUUCCCUUGCUUGCUCUGUGAUUUUAUUAUAGAUGUUUUGUUUUGCGUGUUUCUUUUAUAUAAAUGAAGCUAUACCAUGUUUAUUUUACUGCAAUUUGCUUUUUCCUUUAAUACCAUGUGUCUGAGAUUUAUCCAAAUUAACAUGUGUAGCUCUAAGGCAUUCCUUUUCUUUGCUGUAUAAUGAUCCAUUGAAUAUACAAUUUAUUUUUCUCUUUUGUCUCACUGAUUGUUUUAUCUACCUGUGUGUGUUCCCCUAAGAUCUAUACUUGGCCCUUGCUCUUCCAUAUAAAUUUUGGAAUCAGCUUGUUACAUCCUACCAAUAAAAACCCCUUUGAAAUUGUGAUGGAACCCAACUGAAUCUAUAUAUCAGUUUGGGGAAAAUCAACAUCAGCAUGAGAUUGAAGUUUCCAGUGGUGAACAUGGUGUAUCUCUCCAUUUAAUGUUUUCAAUAAAGUUGCUUUUUCUCAAAAA